UUGGUUUUCAUCUCGCUUAUGUGGACCCUUAGAAGCAGCCAGACCUGUUUUCACUUGCUAUGGCUGUGUUCUCGUUACUUUUCAUUUGUCUAAAUGUUACACUUAUUUUUCUGCUGCUAGAUGAAGUUGAUGGCUUUCAGACCGAACCAAAUCUCUGUCAUUCAAGUUGUGUUGGGUUUCCUACCCUGGACUCGUCCUAUCAGCGAGGGGUGAGGUAUACUUACAGAUAUAGCACAACAAUUACCACCACCCUUCACGGCUCCAAUGCCGGCAGGACUGGACUGGCUUUGGACUGCGUGGUUGAUAUUGACGUGGUCUCAAAGUGUCACCUAAUGAUGCAGAUUAGGAACCCACAGAUAAAGCGUCUUUCUCCUCAGAAAGAACACUCUGUGCAACGCUUCAAGAGCUUGAGAGAGUCGCUGGAGAGAACGCGCCUCAAGUUCUCCCUCCAGGGGGGAAAGGUCACGGCCCUCUGUCUCCAGGAGGGGGAGCAGGUGUGGGCCCUGAACAUUAAAAGGGCCCUACUGAGCAUGCUCCAGACCUCCCGCAUGGCCUCCAAACAGGAAAUGGAAAAGGAGACCGAUGUUUAUGGAACGUGCACCAGCAGGUAUGAAAGGAGAGGACCUGUUCUGCUGAAGACCAGGGAUGUGAAACAGUGCCAAGAGUCCAGGCUGGCAAACUUCUGGCCCCAUUCAGUAUCAUUUACUGAAGAUACAUCAGUGCAUACGGAGCUGCACUGUGUUCAGAGGCACGGAUCUACAGUGAUGGAAGAGGUCAACUGUACUGAAGCCGUGUCCAUAGCAACGUGGUCCAGGGCUGCAGGGGUGGUAAAAACCAAAACAGUGUCCACCUUGCUCCUGCUCAGAGCCCAACCGGGGACUCCUUUGGGAGCAGAUUCUUUAGGCCUCGGCGUGCUGGCUGACCUGCAGUUUGAGGAUGAGGGGGCUUCAAGGCCAGGAAAAGCAAGAGCGUCGACACCUCAGCAAGCCAGUGAAACUGUCAGGCUGUUAUGUAGCCUCACCUCAGACCCACAGCCGGUAUCACAAAAGUUCCUUCAACUGGCUUUCCAGCUGAGAGAUCUGACUCCUUCUCAACUCCUGACACUUUGGCAAGAAUCGUCUUUCAAAUGUCGCAAUGACUGGCAACCCUUGUUGGAUGCUUUACCGGCCUGCGGAUCUGAGAACUGCAUCGUACUGCUGACAGACCUGAUGAGGAACAAAGAGCUCGAGGGGGAGCAGACUCGUGCUUUUCUCACCACCCUAGCCCUCCUGCCUCAUCCGUCACCAAAGAUCCUCCACUCCCUUAACGCCCUGCUGGAUGUCCCUGAAGUGCGGUCAAAGGCGCUGUUAGCUGGAUCAUCUCUGGUUUAUCAACUGUGCCAAAGGUCUCAAGGCUCUUGUAGUGAACUUCCUCAAGUAAAGUCAUUCAUAGAGACACUGGGGGAAACCCUGAAGGACGGCUGCAGGGGACAUCAAACCACUCAAGUCAAGCUUCUUUAUACACUGAAAUCAGUGGGAAACGCUGGUCUGUCUGCGCCAACCUUCAUUCCUCUGCUUAAGUGCUUCGUGCUCGGCGCCUCCACGGCGCUGCAGCUGAGACUCGCUGCCGUUCAAGCCUUCAGACGCUUCCCCUGCUCAGCUGAUAGAUCCGUGCUGUUGCAGCUGUACCGGUCGUCCCAGGAGGAUCCCGAGGUCAGAAUCGCUGCAUACCAGCAGCUCAUGCGCUGCUCCGAUCGGAACGUGUUUGAAGUGGUGAAGAUGACGCUGAGGAACGAGACAUCCACACAAGUGGGAUCAUAUGUGUGGAGUCACCUGACCAAUGUCCUGAGGAGCGAGGACCCCAUGAAGCAGAGCCUAAUCAAUUCCCUGCCUGACGACAUUAUCAGCAGAGACUUUGAAGCAGAGUUUUUGAAAUACUCUUCCUAUUCAGACCACACAGUUUCAUCAGGCAUGGGAAUCACAAAUGUGGAGACAUCUUUGGUUUUCUCUCCCAAAUCAUUUCUUCCAAGAUCCGCCUCUGCCAGCCUGACUCUAUAUUUUCAUGGCAGAGCCCACAACCUUCUGGAGGUCGACCUCCACGUUGAAAACGCUGAACCACUUUUGAAGAAAGUUUUCGGUCACCAGAACUUCAACUCCGACGCAGAGUCUGUGACUCAAAGUGAAAAGACGCAGCCUAAAGCGACAAGGGCCAGAAGGCAAACAGAGGACGACCACAGAGCAGAAAAAGAAAAGUGUUUAUCCGGCACCAGCAGUUACCUGAGCCAGGCGAGGGCCAUGUUGUUUGGGAGGAGGAGGAAAGAGGAGAACGGGCCCACCUGUUGGGUCGGCGUGAAGGUGUUCGGCAAUGAGCUCAGCGUGUUCACGUGUGACGAUCUCUACGCUCAGAUCGACCAGCUGUCCCUGAGCGUGGCGGGACUGGCUGUGAAACUGCUCAAGGGUCAGGAGGUUCAGCUGGACCACAGGGCCGCGCUGAUGACAGACGAGCUGGUCUUGCCCUCUCUGUCUGGUUUGCCCGUCAAACUGAGCAUCAACACCACCUCCCUCCUGUCGCUGCGUCUGAAGGGCAACUUCAACUACAGGGACACGUCUCACUUCUCCCUGACUGGAUACAUCAAACCCAGUGCCUACGUGGGGCUGUCCGCCGGGAUGGGGGUGGACGGUGCUUUGGGUCAAGCUGCAGUGCUGUGGGUGUCUGAGCUGAAGAGCUCCACUAGUCUGGAUGGCGGCAUCCAGAUGCAGGAGGGGCAGGACGUCAGGGUGACACUUAACACACCGGAGGAUGUAAUGGACAUCGUCUCUCUAAGGUUUCUGAGGGCAUUUAUUCCGGGGAUUUUGGGAUUAUAUGUAUGGUUUCCUAAAGAGCAUUUGUUUGUGUCCACCAGCUCCAAUGUGUUUCAGAUCAGUGGAGACCACCGAGAAGAGAUAAAGGGCCCCAAGAGUCAAGUUCAGAAGACCACCUGCACACCAAAAACUUUGUCCAAGAUGGUCGGCUGGCAGCUGUGCUCCAAUGCCUCGUACCCAUCACCUGCCACAGGUUUUUCCCUUCCUGCCCCUGGACCGGUCCACCUCUCCCUCAGGCUGCUGAAGCUGGACAGAGGCCUCCAUUACUACCUGCUGGAGGCCGCUUACUCGCUGCUCCCUGCGAGGGGCAGCUGGCUCCCCGAAGAGGCCUCCAUCCACCUCCUCCUGGCCACACCCCAGUCCUCCAUUCCCAGGGACAUGUCUGUGGACCUCACCUUCAACCCUCGCAGACUGUUGUUGAGGAUCACCCAUCCGCUGAAAAUCAUCCAAAUACAGGGGCAACUUGAGCAGGAGAGGAACAUAAAGUCGGGAAAGCUGGAGCUGUUGAUUGAUGGGUCUCAUUAUUAUGUCAUGGGUUUGGUUGACACUCAGACGCUCCUGUCAGAGCAGAGAACGCGUUUUCAUCUUGAAGCCAAAGUGGCCGCUGAUGGACAUCCCAUGAUCCUCUCUGCUAAUGUCACUCGUGGACUGGGCAGGAAGACCCGGUUCUCCGCCACUGUGAAGAACGUGUUCAGAGAAACCGCAUCAAUGUCAGUGGCCCUGGAGCGCAGACGGGACGGCAGCAGCAGGCAGUACUCUGCGGAGGCCGAGAUCCUGAUACCCGAUGUGGUCGGCACCAGGAUGCUGGGACUGAUGGAACGGAAAGGCCCCCUGUGGAGCUCCGCUCUCAGGCUCAAAUACGGUCUAGGAGGUGAUGCCCGGCACCUGCGACAGGAGUGUUUUAUGUCUCAGAGACUGAAGAGUGAGAGAGACUCAAACCUAACCCACAUCCUAAGAGCAGAUCAUGAAUUCUACUGCUCCAACACAGGUCCUAUCAACCACAAGAUCCAACUUAAGCACGAGGAAAGCCGCGAACACAUUCAAUCAUCCCUGGACAUGAGCUACGGCAAACACUGGGAUGAGAUCAACAAUAAGCGUACAAUUCUAUUAAGUCAGUCAUUCAGAAACCAAUCCACACAAAAUCACACCAGCUACACGCUGGAGUUCAGUCUCCAAGUGCCAGAGAAGAAUUUAAACUACAGGACUCAGCUUCUGCACUCGCACGUGAGACAAGUCUGGUCUGAGAGCAGCACUCACCUCAAAAUCCACUACAACAACGUGAUGCCACUGGUGGCUGGGUUACACUGGAAAAGACCCCCAAAAAACGCUCCGCAGAAACAAUGGGAAGGUUCUUUUAACGUGGACACACCGUGGCUGUACGUCUAUACGGCCCACAAACUGAGCCAGCACCAACGCCACACGCUCCAGCUCACCUCAGAGCUCACAGCCAACAGGUGGCUGGUCAUCCGUAACCUCAGGCUGGAGGGUUCCUACAGGGACAGGGGCCGGCAGAGGGAGGCCCGGCUAGAGCUCUCCACGCAAGCUGUCACCUACAUCCAAGCAGCAGGGUGGGGCCUAGUGGGGAAGCAAAGUGUGAAGGCCUCCGGCUCCUUGAGGUCCUUGUGGACUCCACCCUUGAGAGGAGACGUCUCUCUGGAGACCUCCAAGUUCAGCCAGACGCUGCAGAUGGCCUCCACUUAUGGCAAGCACAACGUCAGCCUCACUGCGGCCCUCAACACUUCGGAUAAGAAUUUGAAAAGGAGGCGAGCAAUACUGAAGGUGACCUUCUCCAAGCCAAAGAGUCCGGCAACAGAACUGCAGUUUGAGGGACGAGUAGAGGAGCUGAGGAAGGACAAGAAGAUGUAUCAGAAAACAGCAAUGCUCCAGCUCAGACAGCCCUUCCCGACCUUUCCCCAGACUCUGCUCCUGCAGGAGACUUUUACCGUCGACCUCGUCCAAGGCCUUUACAUCCUGGAGUCCAAAGGUGGUCUCCAUGGCAACAGAGAGGUCAUCCACACCCUCACUCUUGGCUACCAACCACCGAGCCCUUUUGUUUGUUCUGCGCUUGUCCAUCCUUUCAGCUCUGACACUGUUCCGUCAGACUCAGAAGCCUGUGUGGUGAUAACAAGCAACCAGACCCAGAAAGACAUUCAGGGGAGGUUGCGCGUUGGCAGCAAGGAGAAGCUGACUUUCUUCGGACGAGUUCAGUUAAACCCUCUAAACUCAAGUCGCCAAGUGAUAACAGUCAAAGCCAACUUCAGCCACCAGCUCCAGCUGCAGUUCCCUUACUCCGCUAUAGUGGAGGGAAACGUGUCCUGGAACCCCAAAAACAACAGCGACUUUGAUUAUCAGGCCAAAGGGAAACUGAGAAUAGAGCGUCAGGAAAGCCAACUUUCUGUGCAACUAAAUGGCACUUCAGGAAGAAUUGGACUUUAUUCCGCUCUCAGCCACCCUUUCAAAUCAAAGAUUCCCAAAACAUUAGAGGCAAAGGCCACUGCAGACCUGUUUGCAGCGGCUGGUACAGGAAGUAGCUCAGUACAUGUGAGGGCCGAUGGGAAGGACGCGGUGAAGCUAAACGCCCAGAUAUCACACACCUUCCAGGGGGGAGCCAGAGCUGUGGGGCUGAAGGUGAACGUAUCCCAGAGUCUGCUGCCCUCUGCCACUGACAUGCAUGUAAACAUGGCCGCCAACGUGUCAUCAGACAGUGUGUCUCUACAGGGCUCCUACGCACAUGGGGGUGAGGCAUUGCUGGUUCAUCUCAGAGGGUCUCUAAAAAACACCCGUGGUCUCCAGCUGGCUGUGUCCGGGGACCUGAGGCAGUCCAUGGCCAAUCUCGCUGCUUUGCCUCCGGUCCUGGGGCUGGACGGGGUGCUGGGACAGUCUGACACCCUCAUCGAAGGGCAGCUGAGAGUUAGAGUGAUGGAGACCUCGUACAGAGUGGAGCUGAGACAUCAGGAGGCCCCCGGAGAGGCUUCGGACAGGGAGGAGCAGGAGAGCACGGCGGGAAAGACGUCCCAUGUAGCCCGUGAUUGGCUGUGUGUUUGGUUAGGGGCGGAGCAUUUGUGCGUGAACGCGAGCCGACGGCUGGCGGACAGAGGGAGGGGCGAGGUCAACACCAGCCUAUCUCAUUCCCUCCGCCUCCUCAAUGCGACAGGAAUACAUGCCAGCAGCAGUGCACAGCUCCGGUGGGCCCAGGAGGGCGAACGACUCUCGGUCCUUGCAGAACUGCAGGCUGGACCGGAACGUCUGAAAGCUGAGUUUGGUGGAGGCAAGACACACCUUGUUCCCCUCCGAUGGGAGUAUUUCUCCAGGCUUCAGAAUCAAGUACAGGCCCUGCUGAAAAGCGGUGUGUCAAGCUCCAUAGAAGCCAAAGCACAUUGCCAGUUAGAAGCAGGCAGUCUGGACACGAGCCUGGUUCUUCACCUGGAAGACGAGAGAAUGGUGGACAUCCUUUUUAACUUUGGCUCCAAAAACCGCACAGCUAUAAUAGUGGUGUCUCUAUGGCAACAGAUACAGCAGCUCGAGGGAGUCAUACCCACAUCUUUACAGAUGAACUGCACAGCGGAGGCCACCGCAGACCGACUCUCAACCCAGUGUUAUGGAAAUGUGGCAGGUCGCCCUGUGGAGACUCUCCUGCCGUCGCAGACUUCAGCCAACAUCACCAUCGCCCGUUCUGGCUGCUCCACUAGUCUCAGAACCAUUCUCCUGACUGAGGGGGAACAGAAAGGCCGCCUCAGUGUGCAUUUAACCUGCCAUCCCCACCUUGGUCUGAAAGCAUCUGUGCAGCACUCUGUAGAGGCAGUACAGAUGCUGGGAUUUCCUGCCCAUGCAGCGUUACUCCUGAAUGUUUCAACUGCACAUCUGCCUGGUGUGGAGGUGGGCCUAGAGCUGGGGCGUUGUUCUUUUAGGGGUAAUUUGGGGGAAACGGAUGCUUCAAACAUGGAGGAGCAGUCGUCUUAUGCCGUGAACUUGACGAACGACUGUCCCGCUCUACAGGGAACGCUCCUCCCGGCGUCGCUGGCGCUGCAGGGCCUCCUGUCAGUCGCACCCUGCCAGCGUACUUUGACCUCCUCUCUGAGGGCCGGCAGCCAGGACGUCUCCCUGGAGCUGAGUCAAUCCUGCAGUCCUCCGGGUUUCUCCGGGACGCUCGCACACUCCUUCGUUGGUCUGAGGAGUCGAGGUGUGCCCCGGAUGAUCACUGCAGAGGCCACUGCUCCCCGUGGCCCUGAGCAAGCUGGGUCCCUGUUCAUUAAGGCCGGGUCAUGUUACGUCCGGGCCAAUAGAGACGUAAAGACCAAGGGAAGGACACACUGGCUCUGGGCUCUGGAGUCAAAGUGCCCGAUGUUACAGGCCCAUUUGAACGGCUCAGUUUGGCAGGACCCCCUCGGUGUCUGGACUGCGACGGUGGACACCAAUCUGGGGGGCAAAAUGGCUUUCCUGAGGCUAAAUGCAAGUGCCCGGCCGGAGCUCAGUGUGGAGGGCGAGCUCAUUCACAACCUUCUCCACCAUUUACCAGAGCACAGCAGACUGAAAGUCACCUGUAGGGGCGGAGAACAUCGAUAUGAGACUGAAGCUGUCAUUCAGAUGGAGGAGUGCACUGUUGGAGCCAGGGCAGCGCUGAUGUCACAACCAGGCCUGCAGGGGUCGCUGGUGUAUCACAACAACUGUACAGUGAUUCGGGGAUGGGGUGGUCCGGACAAGAUGGAGUCCUGUGUGUCGUUGGCUGUCUCACCCACUCAUGCAGCAUCUCAGGUCUCCAUGGUGAUGGACGAAACAGAGUUAAAGGCUUCAGUGGCCCUUGGGAAAACUAAGGAUAAAAACGAAGCAUUGCUUAAUCUAAACCACUCUGUGCCCCUGUUGGAAAAGCUGGGUCUCCCUGUUAAUGUUGCGGUAACAAUGAAUUCUGGGAGCCAUGGCAACGGCUCAUACUAUUAUCUAGUACACAGCAAUGCAGGAAACCAAAAGAUAACUCAAGAGAUUUCAGUUUCCAAGAUGUCUGAAACGGUCAGAGUGAAGAGUCAUUUUAGACACACAGUGAACUUUCUGGAGAAACUCGGAGUCCCUGCAAACAACAGCAUCCAGGUAGAGCUCGGCUCCGUUGGCCGGACGACCUUGACGAUACAGUUUGGAGGACAGCAGGCAGGGAUGAGCCUUGAGAUGAAAUGUCUCCCAAUUACCAAAGAGGUAAGAGGAAGCAUGUGGCACAGCUGGUCGUGGCUACAGGACCGAGGACUGCCAAUUAAUAUAGAGGGCCUGUGUUCCAUCCAGGGAGUGUUCUCUGAACAUCAGUCUCGUGUUGAGCUCACUGUGGACGGACACAAUCUGCUCUCCUCCGGUUUGAAUGUGUCUUUGGCCGGCGGGCGUCUCAGCCUGCUGUUGUCCUACUUUCCACCAGCUUCCAAUCAAUCCGGGAUGCAGCAACGCCUGGACAGUUCCCUGACGGCUCACUUCAAAGGUCCGAUUCGGAGCGCCUCGGUCGACAUUCACUAUCACGACUGGAGAGUCCGAGUUGUGGGGGACGUAGGAGGCUGGGGCGCCCACAGAGGGUCCAAGGAGGCCAGAGUCACACUAAAACACUUCGAACGGGGAUCAACUAACCCUGCUUUACAGGUGGAGGCCUGGGGAAGACUUACCGAGUCCCAGCUGAGGUGCUCCAUGGCUGUGAACCCUGAACUCAGCUCCUCACUGGCACUUAUCAUUCAGGGACAUCACUCGCCUCAUAGCAAGGAUCUGAUGGUGAAGGUGGUCCACUCUAUUCCCAGGAUGUUGCUUUACCUGCCUUCUCAGCUCAAUGUUCACUCCCAGCUGAACCGGACUCAGUCCAGCGUGGCAGGUUGGGUGGAGGUGUUGACAGGCAGGCGGAGGCUGUGGGCUUUGGGGGAGCUAGCAGCCAUAGAGAGCGGAUACAGACAGGCUCUAGAGCUCAAACACUCAUACCCACAGUUGAAGCCGCUCCCCCGGGCCGUCGCAGUCAGGACGACGUACGAGGCCAGGAACUGGAGCCACCGGGUCCAACAUGGGGCUGUGUGGGGAGGCCAGGAGUUCAUCUUGUCUGGUCUCUAUUCUUCUCCUCCAGCACUGGAGAUGGGGAACCAGACCCUGAAGGUUCAGAUCAAGUGCGUCCCCCGUUGGACUAGUUUGGAGGUGACUCUUGAGCGUUCCUUACGUGGCCGACUUGACAGUGUUUUACUGGACUGGACGAGGCAUGGCCGGCUGCAGCAGGUCAGAGCUCUGAGCUGGUGGAGUCGAUCAGAGGAGGCGAAUGAGACCAAACUGGAGCUGAAACAGCCUUUCUCCUCCACACUGAGCCAGACGUCCUUCCACACACUGUCACACAGCUCACUGAGGGAACAGCGCAGCAGCCACCAAACCCGUCUGUUGUGGGACAGCGCGGAGGGCCCCGUCAAUAUCUCCGUCACCCUCAACAAACAGUGGCAGAACAACUCCAGCAGGGGGCAGGCAUGCGCUCUGUUCUCCUCACAGAUGGGAGUGUCUUUGGUUAAAGGUUGCGCGUCAGUGGGUCAGGAGGGCAACUUGUAUUCACAGAAUGCAGAGCUAAGAUGGGACAACCGGAGCGUCAGGCAAGGCCUGAAGUACCAGAGGGGUCGGCGGGGAAUGCACAGCCUCCAGGUCAACGUCGGCCUGGACAGAGUCUCCCCUGCACCCUGUCCGUCGCACACACUCCUGACUAAGAUUCAGACCAACCUGCGGGAUCGCUUGGAGCACACAGUAUUGCUGGGCCUGUGCCCCCCACAGCCUACUUUGUCGUGGUCAGGAUCUCACAGAGUGAACUCGGGGGAGGAGCUGCUGUACACACAGUCUCGUCUCUCGGUGACGGGACGGCCCCACCAGUGCAGCCUCACCGUUGCCUUGACCAACUCCUCUACUGCUCAGAGCUCCAACGUGUCUCUGUUCGCUGAGUCUAGGAUUGGUAAUUGGACCAUGGAGGUGGGGGGCAGCACCCUGUCUUGGCCCGGGCGCUCUGGUCUACAGCUGCAGGCCCGACUGGACCGCAGAGAGAAGAUCUGGCUGAACGGGACGGCAGAGGGACACUGUCUUCAGACCACAGCAGGUUACAUGAACGGUCUGACCGAGGACGUCACUGCAGCGGCGUGCGUGCGACGAAAUCUCAGUUUGACGCUGGAUGUGCAGAAAAGGGAAGGCAGCGGCAAACCUCAGACUCUGGGCCGAGUCGCUGUAGGAUCAGUCAGCCAGAGGCUGAUGCUGCGAGCCAGUGGCUGUUUGGAAGGUCUAACUGCAUUGGAGGUACCAACAAAACAACAGAAGCUGACACAUGUUUUACCACGACAUGCCGCUUUGACUCACCGUGUGUUGUUCUCUUCACAGGCGCGGCUUCAGUAUUUGAGCUCUCAGAUGCGGGAUAAGUUGCUGAAGAGAAUCAAAACAUUGCAUCAUCUCCUCUUUGAAUUCAGGCGGCAGUCCAGGGACAGCGCGUGGCUCCAGGAGCUGAGCGCCGCGGCCCUUCAUGUUACGCAGCGAGCAGAGACUCUUCUGGAGCACAGAGGCAGCGGGGGGCUGCUGGCGCUGUGGCAGGACUGCCCCCCGCGUCGACUUCUGACCCACAGCCUGCCUCGCUUUCUCGGCCUGCUGCAGCACGCCUCCCUGCUGGGACAACAGGAGCUGAGGAGACCCUUGGCCACUCUAGCAGGCGUGUACCAAGACGUGAAGGGCCAGAGGUUGGAGGUGCUGUGGAGGGAGGCGGUCUCGUCGUGGACCGACGGGCUGGUGGGUGUCCUGCCUGUGCUGCUGGAGAACCCUCAGCUCAGUUCGUUGGCUAAAGCCGGUGUUGUCACGCUCGGCGAUGCUCUGGAUGUGGCAGGACAGCACACCUACCACUGGGCGGACACCCGGCUGGCCACGGCUCUGUCCGGAGUCAGGAAACGACUGGCUUCUCUCUACAGAUUCUCCCCGAGUGAGUGUUCAGUGGUUGUGUCGGCGCCGCUUCUGCCGCUCUCCCGGGCCGGGGUGUCUGAGGCCGGACUGGUGGAGAUCCUUCUGGAGGAGUGUCUCCUGAGGCCCCUGCAGACCAUCGCCCUCGUCAGGCCCACGGCUGAACUUUACCGCCUCAAGAGGAAGAUCAUGGACAGCCCAUUUACGCACCGAGCUUUGUUGGUGGCGGAUCAGUUCGUCGUUACAUUUGAUGGUCACCUGUACGAGCUCCCGGGCUCCUGUCCACUGCUCCUCGCUCAAGACGUCAGCGCUGAGCCGUCAUUCACGCUGCUGAGCGGUUCCGACGAGCGCGACCUCCUUCUGAUAGGAAUGAACAACAGCACCAUCCACAUUCAGCACAAUGGGCGGGUAAAGGCCAACUGCAACGACGCUGUGACGCACGCGCUCGACAGCGGAGUGUCUGUCAGAAGAGGGACGAACUUUGUGCAAGUGUCCAAUCAGAAGGGGGCGUCGGUGUCAUGUGACCUGUCGCUUGAGGUGUGCAGCUUCACUCUCGAUGGAUGGUUGCACGGCACGUCAGCCGGCGUGUUGGGGACUAAUGACAAUGAGGCGGGGAAUGACUUUCUUUCGCCUAAUGGGUCUCAGGCUGAAAACAUGGAGGGAUUUCUGCACGGUUGGCAGAUGAAACCGGAUUGUAUGAAACUGCGAGGUGUAACAGAGAACGAUUCUAAAGCAACGCCAAGCCCUGUGAGCUGUGGUUUUCUGUUCUCCUCCCCCGACUCUCCGCUGAGUCCCUGUUUCAGGGUGGUGGAUCCCGUGCAGUUCUUAUCUGUGUGCGAGUCCAGCUCCUCCAGAGCUCCCUGUAGAUUAGCAUCUGCUUUUGUUCAUCUCUGCCAGCACAACUACGUUCCUCUAGAGGUCCCUGUUCCAUGUGUGAAGAAAUGACGGGAGGAGAUUCUAAUGAAGAGCCGAGAUGAGGCGUUCAUGGACUCAUCUGCCUGAAGCUUAGCUGCUAAAAUUGACGGAUUAGACUUUUGUACCACUGUUUUUGCUACAUUACUUAGAUGCCUUGUGUUGUAUUUUUUACACUACUGUAUAGUUACACAUUAUUAUACCUCAUGGAAUGUACUUUUGUGCUUUAUGCAGAUAUUGUACCUGUAAUGUGAACAUAAACAUACUAACUAUAGCAAUUAGUUUAUCAUUCUUAUAAAAACAACUGAGUAACUAAGUAUCUAAAACUCACAAACAAACUUAAUAAUAGGAUAAUAAAGAGAUCAACAAGUA